AUGGAUAGCAACGAGUCGUUGGCCGUUGAUGUCCUGUCGGAACAAAAUCUUUCCACGACAAAUGGCGAUUGUACCAACGAGUUGCCUACCGUACAGGAAUAUCUCGAUGGUUUAACUCUCCCAAUCGCUUUGAUUAUUGCUACCACCGUCCUGCUAAGUAUUGCCACCUUCAGCAUCUUCUUCAAGAAUGCUUACCACAUCCUGCACCGAACGCCGAAACAGUUCAAAACUAAAUCGAUACUGUUGCUGACAAUCUAUCCGCUCGUGACUCUGUUCGGUGUAGUAUCGAUCUCCGUGCCGCGUGCCUUCUUCCUGUGCGACACUGUCAUGCACGUUUACUUCAUGAUCUGUGCGUACGUGUUCUUUAGUCUGUGCAUGCAGUAUGUCGACGGGGAAGAUGCACUGAUUAAAUCGACCGAUUCUCAAACCUUCUCCCUGCGGACCCCACCGCUGUGUUGUUUUGUGCCCCUAUUCAAACGAGCCCCCGUGACAAAAAAUCGAUUACGUUUUGUGCGUAUGCUUAUUAUGCAGCUACCGGUCGUACAAACAGCUCUUUUCCUGGCUCUGAAUGUCGUGUUUGUUGAGGAUUAUCCCAAUUUCAACCGCAUCAUCCUGUACUUUGUGCCAUUGAUCGUCAUCUCUAUUCUGCUCGGUGUGUGGGGAUUGAACAUUCUCGUGCGAAUGCUUGCCCCACUCUACUCGGACCUUAAGCUGAUGGGCAAAUACUUCGUAUUGCAAGCGGUGCUUAUACUUUGCCGAAUACAACCCCUCGUCAUAGCGGGCAUCGUGAGCAGCAGUAUUUCCGUUUGUGCUUUCCCCAUGACACUGCAGGUGCAGAAAAAUGCUAUUUUCCAACUGUGUUUAUGCUUUGAGAUGAUGAUGCUAUCCUGCUGGGCGUCCCUGCUUUACAAAUCGCCCUCCAUCAUUGGACCGGCAUAA